AUGGCCUUGCUCAAGGAUGGGAACUGGAGGUGGUGGUCAAAGGAUUUGUUAUCCAAUUAUCCAGUACUUUGCAACUACCUAGUUCGGAAUCCACUGCAGAACAUUCAACUUAGCGGUCGUUUGGGGGUUCAAUUGCAGGACUUCUACUUGGGAAAGGUCCGGGAUGAGAACUACAUGAAAACUCGUUGGCGGGAGUUGGCCAAAAGAAAAUGUUUACCUGAGAAGAAACUUGAGCAGCGUUUGAAGAGUCAGCAGGCACCAUGUGAUUUCUUUUUCAUCAACUUGGACACCUCGUUCAACAAGGAAGAUGACAGCAAAGCGGUCACUGUGGAAAUGGUGGUUGAGGAUGACCACAACUACGAGUUUUUCUUGGAGUGGCUACCCCUCUUUGCAGCGGAUUUACCGUGGCAUUCAGAGAUGAAGGCUAUACAAUAUCGGGCCACACUCAUGGAGAUUCACUCGGCGGAGACACCUCUGUGCCGGCCCAAGAUGAAGUCGGAUUUGGAGGCCAGGGCAUCAAAAGCUGGAGGAUCUGAAGUUCAUUGUCCGCGAAUUGCGUGGCCAUCUGUGGAACAAAGGUCAAAAGUGCACAGAGCCAAGAUGGGCUUGCAGGGUUUUCUGUUAGCAAAGGAGCUAGAAGAAGCAGAACAGUCUCAAAAACACAGUGGUGAGCCCAGCGCACAUGAGCAGUCAAAACAAGACCCUGAAGAAACAUACACCAAAGCACCGGAGCCCAGUGCAAAUAGGGAAGUACAGCCAGAGGAAAAGCGUCAAGAAAACACCAAAGCACUGGAACCCUGUGUAGAUGAGAAACCGCAGCCAGCAGAGCUUGAAGCACAACAUGACAAGCCUGGAGAAGCACAUGGUGAAAACCCCGCAACACCAAAACAUAGUAAAGACAUCGUUGAGAUUCAGGAUGAUAGCCAACAGCAUGAGGUGUUUCAAGACAGCCAAACCCCACCUGAGUGGAAAGAGGAUGCGGCAUUCGCCAAGUCAAUGGAUGAAAUAAAAGAGAUUGCAGAUCCCAAACCAGAUUCCAGCGCCACAGCAGAAGAUGCCCAGCCCGUGACUCCUUGCAAACACUUGUUGAGUGAACUUGAAAGGGAGGAGGAGAGAGAGGAUUUGAAGUCAGAUGAGGAAGACUUGGCAAAGCGCCAAGCUUUCAAGGACCGGGAGCCCCUCUUCGAUUUGGAGAACCUUCCAGAUCUUACAGAACAACAUUUCGAGGAGAUUCCCGAGUUGAAAGGCCGGGGAAAGAAGGUCGAAGAAGAAGGCAUUGAGGAAAAAGAACCAGGAAAGUGUACUGACGAAGCUGCUACUUCUGUGGCGGAAGCUGGCUUGCAGAAACUGCGCGCGUCAUGGCUCGAGGAGGAUAUCUCCUCGGACUCCGAUGAAGAGGCCCCUCGCCCGAAGAGCAAGGCCAAGCAAAGGAAGAGUGCAAGCAAAAGUGCCAAGGCUGGAGAGGCACGUCCGAAGCGCAGAAGGGCUCAGCGUGCAGAUCCAAAGGUCCCAAGCGAAAGCGUGGGAAGACCCCGGAUGGAGAGGACUUGGGUUGUCAGCGCUCCUGAGAUCAUUCGCAAGAAGCUGAAGAAGGAGGACUCUCUGUGCAAAUUGGGGGUGAUCUUGCGUGGCCAAGUUUAUGUCUAUCGGGCUGAUGCUUCCCGUGUGGACGCUGUGAACGCCGAUGAGGCCGAUGAGGCCGAUGGAGCCGAUGGAGCCGAUGAGGCCGAUGAGGCCGAUGAGGCCGAUGAGGCCGAUGAGGCCGAUGACGCCGACGAGGCCGAUGAGGCCGAUGAGGCCGAUGAGGCCGAUGAGACCGAUGAGGCCGAUGGAGCCGCUGGAGCCGAUGAGGCUGCUGGAGCCGAUGAGGCCGAUGAGGCCGAUGGAGCCGAUGAGGCCGAUGAGGCCGAUGAGGCCGAUGAGGCCGAUGGAGCCGAUGAGGCCGAUGAGGCCGAUGGAGCCGAUGAGGCCGAUGAGGCCGAUGGAGCCGAUGAGGCCGAUGGAGCCGAUGAGGCCGAUGAGGCCGAUGAGGCCGAUGGAGCCGCUGGAGCCGAUGGAGCCGAUGAGGCCGAUGAGGCCGAUGAGGCCGAUGAGGCCGAUGAGGCCGCUGAGGUCGCUGAGGCCGAUGAGGCCGAUGGAGCCGAUGAGGCCGAUGAGGCCGAUGAGGCCGAUGAGGCCGAUGGAGCCGAUGAGGCCGAUGAGGCCGAUGAGGCCGAUGAGGCCGAUGAGGCCGAUGAGGCCGAUGAGGCCGAUGAGGCCGAUGGAGCCGAUGAGGCCGAUGAGGCCGAGGCCGAUGAGGCCGAUGAGGCCGAUGGAGCCGAUGAGGCCGAUGAGGCCGAUGGAGCCGAUGAGGCCGAUGAGGCCGAUGAUGCGGCCGACGAUGAGGCCGAUGAGGCCGAUGAGGCCGAUGGAGCCGAUGAGGCCGAUGAGGCCGAUGGAGCCGAUGAGGCCGAUGAGGCCGAUGAGGCCGAUGAGGGCGAUGCAGCCGAUGAGGCCGAUGAGGCCGAUGAGGCCGAUGAGGCCGAUGAGGCCGAUGGAGCCGAUGAGGCCGAUGAGGCCGAUGAGGCCGAUGAGGCCGAUGGAGCCGAUGAGGCCGAUGGAGCCGAUGAGGCCGAUGAGGCCGAUGAGGCCGAUGAGGCCGAUGAGGCCGAUGAAGCCGAUGAGGCCGAUGAGGCCGAUGGAGCCGCUGGAGCCGAUGAGGCCGAUGAAGCCGAUGGAGCCGAUGAGGCCGCUGGAGCCGAUGAGGCCGAUGAGGCUGAUGAGGCCAGUGCGGCCGAUGGGGCGGAUGAGGCCGCUGGAGCUGAUGAGGCCGAUGAGGCUGAUGAGGUGGCCACUGCGACGCCUCUUCUUCUCAAGGCCUCACCGAAGCGCUGUCCCAACUUGUUGCAGAGCACAUGGCGCAAGCAGAUGAAGGCAUUCCCGGAGAGGAAAGCGUGCGUGCACUUCCGCAAAAAAAUGGAAAAUUGGAUGAUGAAGCAUGGACAAGCGCGAGCACUCCUCGACAUCAAUCCGCCCGAAAUGCCCGACUUCCAGCAAGCACCUCCCAGUCAAUGUCAUUUCCAUGCUGCAUCGGUUCCGGCAGCAGUCUCACAGCAUGGUCCUGAUGAGCCAUCUAUUCUUCGGCAUUGGUUGUUGGACACAAGCCCGGACGAUGGCAAGUCGGAGCUACUCCACUGCAAACUCUUCGCCUUGGUUGCUGGGGAUCUCUACCGCAGUCAUGGGGGCCAACUCUUCGAAUACAACAAUGGCGCAUGGGCGCCGGCCUCUCGUGGCCUGACAUCUGUGAACCUUGAAUUCGUCCUCCAGGCCCUUCGUAGAGCUCAGGCGUAUUAUUCCAUAAUGGCCCAGAUGAAGCCGAAGAGAUGUUAUGAUGACAUUGUCUUCGAGAUCAAAGCCAUCCAGCAAGUGGGUAUGGAGGAGGUUCUCUUGCAAUGGCAACUUCAGGAUAUCAUUCAGAGGAAACCUGAAGUCAGAGCACGUGAGUGGCUCUGUGGCCUGUCUGAGCUUUGUCGGACCAUCGUGAAAUGCUUCCAACGUUGGGGCGAUGAAGAAAUACGGGUCAAACAGCAACCAGGGCUCUGCUUCCAGGAUGCAUUCAUCUCGACUGUGGAUGGCAACCCGAAACAAAUGCAGAAAGAUGCCCGUCAUGGUUGUUACAUAGCCAUCCCUACUCCCAUCGCCUUUGUGCCCAGCAUGGCCACCAGACAGCGAUACGCCAGCAUCCUCUUGUCUUCUUUUGCAGGCUCAGAUGGAUUGCAAGUGCUGCUCAACCAAUGUGCUCUGGUUGUGGCCCGUGUCCGGCAGCCUGACAUCUUGCACAUUGUUGUUGGAUGUGGACAUGACGGCAAAACUUUGAUUUUUGUCGAUCACUUGCAAGCUGUCUUUGGCAGUGCCUUCAGUUGCGCUCCGUGCGGCAUGCUGCAAUCGGAGCGAGAAUUCCAAGUCCAAGGUGGCUGGCUACCUCUCCGCAGAAACCACGAAGCAGAGACUAGAUACGGGCAUUGGGCAUGCACUGGCAAAGUCUGGGCAAUGAAUUCCGGUGACAUCCCUCGUGUUCCAACGGCGGAAGAGGUUUCCCAUCAAAGGCGGUUCCGCUGCACCUACAUGCGGUCCACAUUCACAGCCUUGGAGGAGGAAGUUGACAUCCCCAACAAAGUCUUCCAUGCCGACCCAGGGGCCAAGUCCUUUAUGUCUUCUGGCGAAGCAGUGUGGUGCUUCUUCCAAGAUUUCCUUUUCCCUCAUCUUCGGGCAAACGGUGUGCAAACAUGCAGUGACAACCUGGAGUACAUGAGGAAAGGCACGAGCAUGCACAAAGAUACCCACUGGUUGCUGAGGAAGAUGAACCGCACCACUGACUGCAUCCAUCCAGACACAGCCCAAGGCCUUGAAGCCCAGAAUGAAAGACCUGGUGAAGCUCCUGCGGCGACUUUGCCUGAGCGCAUUGUCCGGGAGACUCACGCCUCCAUCCACGCCCAAUUCUUCUCCGCAGCAGACAUCAACCGGAUUGUUGUGCCUUCCAAUCCGGGCUCUGCUCCUCCAAGACGGCCUGGGAAGAAACUACGGGUGGAAUAUUUGAAGGAUUCUUUGCAGCAGUUUCCUCACUUGAUCCGCUUGGUCGACGGUCUCCAACGUGCAGGAGACGCUUGGGAAGUUUCCUGCCGGAUGGAUGUUGCUGGCUUGAAAGAGUUUGCGGAGAUGGUCCCUGGUGAUAAAGGAGAACACGCACGCCUACUUGCAGAGCUUUGUGAAAGAGAAGGCACAAUCGAGGGUGACGUGACCAUCCUUUCCACAUUGGGGCACCAGAAGAAAGUCGCUGGCGCAUCCUUGGGGCGUGUUUUCUUCCCCUGGAUCAGCUUUCCAAAUUUGUCUCGUUCCGCCCGAGACUUUGGAAGCCCGCCUGGAACCAAGGAGUUUGAUAUGCCCAAUGCAGUGGUUCACUUUGCAUUGGUCUGGGCAAAGGAAUAUGGGCUCGACCUGCCUUGCUUCCAACGCUACCAUGCAAACAAAGGGACAUGGCGGAAGAUCGUCAUGCAGUGGUUUGCCCUUGCCGAGCAGGAUGCAAAGAAGGCCCUGUUGCAGGCUUGCUUUGGUUUUGCUUUCCCAUCGCGUGCGAGUGGCAAACCUGUGAUUUGCCCAUUGCUUGAAGGCUUAGCAGCAGAUGCCAUGAGGCUGAGGGCCACCAUGUGCGAAAGGCACCCUAGCUUGCUGGCAGCCAUGCGGGCAGCUGGCCGACCGAGACCAGAGACUUCCACCAUGGCUUUCCUGCUCUUUGACAAGGAAAACCAGACCAUGCAAGCAUUCUGCAAAUUACUGCCAAAGUAUGGGUUUGCUUUGGUUGCACCUGUCUUUGAUGCAGUGCUGGCCGUGCCACAGAGCAGAACAGAGGAAGAUGGCACUGAGAGGGCGCCAAAUCAAGAUGCUUUGCUCAAUGAUUCUCGCGACAGCACAGGAAUCACGAUGCAGGUCAAAACAUUGAGCCGCACCAGGCCACAGGCGACUGUGCCGAACAUAUUGCGCGAACUCUUGUCCAACAACAUGGCCAUCCGUAUGGACCCGGUCCAGCGCCUACCUGGGCGCUUCUCAUGCAUUGGCACUGCUCUCCUGAACCUGUUUCCAGACGAAGCCAAUGGUAUCAAAGAAGCAACCUCCAAUUUGAGCAGCCCGAUCUCCUACCACCACACCAUGGAGAUUUGCCCCAAUGUUCUCAUUGAACCAACUUCGUUCGAUCAAGCCACUCAAAGCGGUGACGGGACAUGUUUCCUGGUCCAUGCGUCAAACACUUGGGAUGCUGACGUUGGUCAUGCAUAUGGUGUGAAAAUGGUGGAGGCUACCGCCCAGAUCUACACCUCGACAGAGGAGGAGUACAUCCAAACCAACAUGCAAUUGCUCUGGCAGAAGCUAGCAAAGACACCAGGCACGUACAUCUUCAAAAUCUCCAUUAUCAGUCAGAAUGGGGAACCACAGGCCAAGCGUCGCAAAAAAGAUGCGGCGUCGACGACUUCAGUUGAACUUCUUUUGAAAGCCGGUGUGGUGGAGGCUGAGGAGACUUUGCGCCCGGUCAUGCCACAAGUUCGAGAGCGCAUGUCUAAGGAGGUUUCCCAGGAACUUGCCCGUCCCAAGCUUAGUUACCACAGUUGCAAGGUCAACAGCGUCCAUGUUUGCAGCGCGAAGCUGGUCGAUCGAAUCCAGAAGCAGCGUAUGCUUGUACCAUGUGCCUUACGACCUCUGAUACCUGGCUGCCAUGCAGAAGAUAACCUACUUUCCUUGGCAGCAACCUGCAUUCGAUCUUGGGCAAAACUGGAUGCAGACUCGCUCCGCUACCUCUCCACCCAAAAUUUUGUGGACAUGGCGUUGAUUCUCACUGGCACUGGCCCACAAUAUGUUCUCAAGCAACAAACAGCACAAGCUCUGCAGAUCAACAAGAUGCUCUACAUUAGCAAUGAUUUCGCAGAUUUGGUGUUGGCCAAGGCAAUCAAACACCGAGGCAAAGUCCACACGAUGUUCAACGACAUCACAAGUGAUUGGGUCUCUCGAGGAAGCUCUUGCGCACUGCUUGGUUGCCGCAGAGGAGAUACCCGCCAGGCAGUCUUUCAAGAAGUCGUGGCCUUGAAGCCAGUGCGUGACUUGCAUGCAGGCUUGGUUGAAGCUGCCACUGAGCGCCAAGAAUGGCUUGUUUGCAGUCAUGAUGCAACAUAUCAAGUAUUGUUCAGCGCCAUUGGACAAGUGCCAAUGCAACAGAAACAAGGUGAAUUCCAUGCCCUUCACACGUUUCUUGGCCGGUCGGGCGCUGUGCCUGGCUUCAGCCUUCAGCGCACGGAGGGUCCUGCUCAGUUUCGGGCGGCCAUUGCUGAAGUCCUGCCUCAAGCUGCUCGGGACACGGUCAAGUACAUCUUCUCUGAUAGCCCUACCUCUGUAGAAGGCGCGGCCGAAGUCUUGCCAAACUUGGAAGCUGUCGCAGAAGAUGCUUUGCAUUUGGUGCUGCGCAAGCGCACUGCCUUGUCCUCAUGCUUGCUCAAGAUCCAAACCCGCUUCCGCCUGCCAUACGCAGCUCCGUCCUUUCGUGGCCAUGCUGUGGAAGACCCUCCUGAUGCCGGCAACUGGUCGGACAAUCUGAUGGACAAAGAAGCUACCGAAACAGAUUGGGAUAAAAAAGCAGCCACACCAUACUGCAACCACCAGGAGUAUAUCAAUGACAUCCAAGCCCUUUGCACUGCGUUUCCAGACAACAUGGGCCACAAGGACAAGAAAGGGCGCACAAUCCGCCAGAUCUUGAAGGCCGGGGCUUCCUACACUCAUUUUCGCUACUUGUGGAACGGAUCGCACAUCAUCUCUGCACUCCACGACGUGCUGCCACCUGCGGAGCUCCAACUCCUGAGUUUUGGCACGUGCAGCAAUGAAGCCUUGCACUUUCAAUUGAAAGCUUGCCAAGAGCAAAUCAUCCAGCAGCACAUCCAAACCUUCCCACCACAACUUGCAGCUUUCAGCUUGGCCAAGAUGUUGGCCCACCAUUCGGCCGCAUACUUCCACACCUUGGCACAAAGAAAGGAGUCUGAGAUUCUCAGUUUAAUGCAAGGCUGCUUGAAAAAGGGUUUUCUGCCAGCUCUUGAGGAAGGGCAGGUACAACCCAUUAUCAGCAGGCAAGACUUGCGCAAGCCAGUGCGCAGGGUGGAUCCUGGGAAGUUGGCCGCAAGAAAAGAAACGGCUGCACAAAAGGCCGUACAAUGGAAGAAGGAGAACCGCAACCGACAGCUGAAGAACGGCUGCACAAAAGGCCGUACAAUGGAAGAAGGAGAACCGCAACCGACAGCUGAAGAACAAGGAGAAAGUUCAACAUAA